AUGACUGGUGCUGCUGCUAACUCUACCAAGGUUCCACUUGGACUCUACAUAUUUACCAGACUUCACCAAGUUGGUAUAGACACCGUUUUCGGUCUUCCAGGUGAUUUCAACUUGGCCUUGUUAGACUACAUCUACGAUGUUCCAGAAAUGAAAUGGGCUGGUAAUGCCAAUGAAUUGAACGCUGCUUAUGCUGCUGAUGGUUAUGCCAGAAUUAAGAAGCUUUCGGCGUUAAUUACAACUUAUGGUGUUGGUGAAUUGAGUACUCUUUGUGGUAUUGGUGGUGCAGCCAGUGAAAGCUUGGGUGUUAUUCAUAUUGUUGGCACUCCUUCUACUGAAGCUCAAUCAAAGAAGCUUUUGCUUCAUCACACAUUGGGUGAUGGUGACUUUAAUGUCUUCCAAAGAAUGAGUUCUGAACUUAGUAAGGCCACUUACAGCAUUGACGAUAUCAAAACUGCUACUAAACACAUCGAUGAUGCCAUCAAGACUGCUUGGACCUACCAAAAGCCAGUUUACGUUGGUCUUCCAACCAAUUUUGUUAACAUGGAAGUUGAUGCCUCUUUAUUGAAAACCCCAAUUGACUUGACUCUUCCUCCAAAUGACCCAGCUACUGAAGAUGAAAUUUUUGAAGAAAUUUUGAGAUUGGUUGCUAAGUGCAAGAACCCAAUCAUCUUGGUCGAUGCCUGUGCUGUUAGAUACAAUGUUAAGGAAGAAACUGAAAAAUUGAUGGCAAUCACUCAAUUCCCAACCUUCGUUAGUCCAAUGGGUAAGUCUGCCGUUACCGAAGAAGACCCAAGAUUUGGUGGUGUGUACAUUGGGUCCUUGAGUACCCCAGAAGUCAAGGAAGUCGUCAACUCUGCUGACCUUGUUAUCUCUGUUGGUUCCUUGAUGUCAGAUUUCAACACUGGUUCUUUCACUUACGGUUUCGAUAUUCACAACAUGAUCGAGUUCCACUCCGACUACACCAAGAUCAAGAGAGCCAUCUAUCCAAAGACUCAAAUGCAAAGUUUGUUGAAGAAAAUCACCACUAAUGAAAACUGGAUUUCUAGAUUGAAGGCUGCCAACAGCGCCUAUGUUCCAAAGGACCACCCUAUCCCUGCUGCACACUACAAGCCAGAAAAAGAAAUGACUGAUGAUUCAUCACUUACUCAAGCAUGGUUCUGGAAUGAAUUAUCUACCUGGUUGCAAGAAGGUGAUAUUAUUAUUACUGAAACCGGUACUUCCGCUUUCGGUAUUGCUUCUACCAAGUUCCCAAAGAACACCAUUGGUAUUUCUCAAGUCUUGUGGGGUUCCAUCGGUUACACUGUUGGUUCUUGUCUUGGUGCCUCCUUUGCUAGUACUGAAUUAGCCAAGCCAAGAAGAGUUCUUUUGUUUGUUGGUGACGGCUCAUUGCAAUUGACUGUUCAAGAAAUUUCCACCAUGAUCAGAUGGAACUUGACUCCAUACUUGUUUGUUUUAAACAACUCUGGUUACACUAUUGAAAAGUUGAUCCAUGGUCCAACUGCUGGUUACAAUGAGAUUCAACCAUGGAGACAUCAAUUAUUGUUGAAGACCUUCGGUGCCACUGAAGAAAACUCCGAAAGUAUGGAAAUCAAGACUGUCAAGGAAGUCAAGGAUCUUUUCAAGGAUGUCGAAUUUUCCAAGGCUGAUAAGAUCAGAUUGGUUGAAUUGUUCUUCCCAAUUAUGGAUGCUCCAGAUUCUUUGGUCAAGCAAGCUGAAAUGACCGCCAGUACCAACAAGAAAUGA